AUGCUGCAGCAGGGUCACAAGACUCCCACUCACAUGGCAAAGAUCCUGGAUGGGCAUGUAGAGGUGCUGAUGAAGCUGAACCCCGAGGAUGAGACUGCAGCCGACAGCUUCGGCAAGGCUUUGGCCAAAUGCGUCUUCGAGUUUUGGCGCGCAAACGGGCAGCGGCUGGAGCUCACGAUCGAUUCUUUGCUGAACAGGAAGGUGCUGUCUCCUCGGCCUGUGGCGGAGGUUGCACUGUUGAGCAAGGACUGUGAUUCCAUGCACAUACGCAACGUCCUGCACACCGCUGUCAGGAAAGGCCUGGACCGUCUGCAGUCAGCACGAACAGAGCUGGCUGUUGCAAAGAAGUUGGUUCAGGAAGACGCCUUGGAGAAACGCCGGACCGAGCUGGACAAUGCAAUUCAGCAAGUAGCAUCUCUCUUCUUGUGCAUAUUCACCGGCUUGGUGAGAAAUGUGGCGGACGCCCGCAAUGAUGUCAGCCUUUGCAAAAUCAGGCUGCGUAGAAUUGCAGCCGUUGGUCGCAGAUACCUCUCAGACAUCAAGCCGCUAGUGGAUGCUGCGGGGAGCAAGAUUCCUGGGGUCUCCAGCAACCCGGACAUCGCCGAAGUCUUCGCGACGCUAGGAAUAGCGGGGUAUAAGGUCUCAAUUUGGGGACUGGCUUUGGAAGUUGGCUUUGAUUCUUUGGUGGCGCAGGUCGAUGGCAUCAAGCAGGGAGACAAGCUGCUGCUGAAGUGGAAGGGUGCGGACGUUGCGGUCCUGGAGGUGGUGGAGGCCAAGGAGUGCUACGGCACUAGCAGCCUCGAGCACCCCACCGUGGCCUCCUUGGUGCAGGAGAUUGGCAAAUUCUACGUCGGCGGCAAGAUCCAUGGGUUCGAGCUUCCUAAGUUCGGCUACCCUACGCAGACCCCGGCUGAGGUCCGGGCUACGCUGCCUGAGAACAAGCAGGUGGUUGCCUUCCAGAACCGCAACCCUAUCCACCGUGCCCACUUCGAGCUCCUGGUCUGUGCCCAGAAGGACGUGCAGGAUUCCGUCCUUCUUGUUCAUCCUACUUGCGGACCCACCCAGCCGGGUGACAUCGACGGCAUCGUGCGGAUCCAGACCUAUGAGGCCCUGAAGGCGGAGACCGCGCAGGAGUACCCGAUGUUCCGGUGGGCCUACUUGCCAUACAGCAUGAAGAUGGCUGGACCUCGCGAGGCCAUCCAGCACAUGAUCAUCCGAAAGAACUACGGCGCCACUCACUUCAUCAUCGGACGCGACAUGGCUGGUACGAAGAGCACCAUUGAUGGCGAGGACUUCUACGGACCCUAUGAUGCCCAAGAGACCGGCAAGAAGUAUUCCGCAGAGCUCGGCGUGACUGUCACUCACUACGAGAACAUGGUCUACGUUGGCCCAGACGAGGGCUACGUGCAGGAGAGUGUGGCCAAGAGCAAGGGCUACAAGGUGGUGAAGCUCUCCGGCACCGAGUUCCGCCGUCGCCUCCGCGCCGGCGAGGACAUCCCGGAGUGGUUUGCAUUCAAGUCCGUGGUGGACAUCCUCCGAAAGGCAGGAGACA